AAGGCGGCUGCAGUUUUCAAACCUCAACUGUAAGCUCCGGUCUCCGUCUUCGUUGCCGUCGCCGGGAGCCACCUCACGGGGAGGUCGGGUCACAACUGUUGGCCGUUGUCCGGAAGAAUAAAAGUGGGUCCUGCCACGUUCGGAGCUAUCCGGCACCUCACCGGGAUAGAACUGGAGCACGCGUCCUGUCGUGGCCACCGACGUGGGGCAGAACGGGAGCCCCCUUGGAGGGGGCGGCCGCGAAGGAACCUGCUGCGGCCCGAGCGGUAAAAAUAAGUGACUGAAGAAGCAUAUCUGGGAGUCGUCUAACAUGUCAAGGAGAAGAUUUGAUUGCCGAAGUAUUUCAGGCUUGCUAACUACAACUCCUCAAACUCCAAUGAAAAUGGAUAACUUUAAUAAUUUUUAUACACUUACAUCUAAAGAGCUAGGAAGAGGAAAAUUUGCUGUGGUUAGACAAUGUAUAUCCAAAUCUACUGGCCAAGAAUAUGCUGCAAAAUUUCUGAAGAAGAGAAGAAGAGGACAGGAUUGUCGAGCAGAGAUUCUACAUGAGAUUGCAGUACUUGAAUUGGCGAAGUCCUGUCCCCACGUGAUUAAUCUUCAUGAAGUCUAUGAAAAUGCAAGUGAAAUCAUUUUGGUAUUGGAAUAUGCUGCAGGUGGAGAAAUCUUCAACUUGUGUUUACCUGAGUUGGCUGAAAUGGUCUCUGAAAAUGACAUUAUCAGACUCAUUAAACAAAUACUUGAAGGAGUUUAUUAUCUACAUCAAAAUAACAUUGUACACCUUGAUUUAAAGCCACAGAAUAUAUUAUUAAGCAGCAUAUACCCUCUUGGGGACAUAAAAAUUGUAGAUUUUGGAAUGUCUCGAAAAAUAGGGAAUGCAUGUGAACUUCGGGAAAUCAUGGGAACACCAGAAUACUUGGCACCUGAAAUCCUGAACUAUGAUCCUAUUACCACAGCAACAGAUAUGUGGAAUGUUGGUGUAAUAGCAUAUAUGUUGUUAACUCAUACAUCGCCAUUUGUGGGAGAAGAUAAUCAAGAAACAUACCUCAACAUUUCUCAAGUUAAUGUAGAUUAUUCAGAAGAAACAUUUUCAUCAGUUUCACAGCUGGCCACAGACUUCAUCCAGAGGCUUUUAGUAAAAAACCCAGAGAAAAGACCGACAGCCGAAAUCUGCCUUUCUCAUUCUUGGCUACAGCAGUGGGACUUUGGAAACUUGUUUCACCCUGAAGAAACUUCCAGUUCCUUUCAAAGUCAGGAUCAUACAAUAAGGUCUUCUGAAGACAAGACUUCUAAACCCUCCUGUAAUGGAACCUGCAGUGACCGAGAAGACAAAGAGAACAUCCCGGAGGAUAGCAGCAUGGUGUCCAAAAGAUUUCGCUUUGAUGACUCAUUGCCCAAUCCCCAUGAACUUGUUUCAGAUUUGCUCUGUUAGCACUUUUCUCUGAUUCAUUUGGACUGAAUUUGGAAUUUGAAAUCCACUCCAGCGUGAUAUUGUGGUUUGUAGCUUCAUGUAUGGCAUGUUUAUAUUGUAAAUGUACUUUUGCAGAGAAGAAUUUAAGGAAGUAUUCUCAUGCUAAACUGCUAGUUACCAGCAUAAUUUCAUUUCCUAUACUGAGAUAUCAACUCUUCAGAGGAAUUUAAAUAUUUAAAUAUAUGACAAAAAAUAAAAUUCCACACGUGAGUUUACAUGUUAAUGGAAGAAUUCAAGUUCAGAUGGAUUUAUAAAAAUGUUUUAUAUAUCAGGGGAAAAAAGUGAUUUGGGUUAUAUUAUGGUUGAUGUAAAUUGAACAAAAUGAAGACAUUUGAAUUUAAUAGAUGGAGAAUCCUACAUCAUGCCUCUAUUGACAAAAUUUUGUUUAGGAUAACAGUGUGAAGUUUAAGAAUAUUUACUAUUUUAUAGAUACUCAAGACAUAUUUUACACUUGAAAAUGUUUUUCAAUCACAGAUGUUUUGAAAUUGCAUAAGAUUUCCAUGACAUAUGGUCUGCUAUAUGAAACAGGUCCUUUAACCAGAGCAGAGAAGGGGUUAGAAACUGGAUUAGGGAUAUCCUACAGAAAUUGAAGCAGAGAAAAGAGUAGCAUGGCAUCAUUUUUAACUCAGAAGUCUUUUGCCCACUCUCAACUUAGUUCAGAUUUAGCAAGGCCUAAAAGACGGGGAAUAGAUGGUAUACAGUGUACAGAAUUUUCUUCCUUCCCAAUCUCUAGAGAAGGAAAUAUAUAGGUAAAACUGAAUGUGCUCUAUUUUCAGGCAACCAAACAUACUUAUUGGUUGAAUGUAGAAGAAAGUGUUGACAGACUUAAUGCAACUGAAAGAACUUUAGGUAUCUUCUAAGUCUUAGAAUACAAGCCAAUUAUUCAGAGUUCUAAAAGUAUGCAUAAAAAUUGUUCUAGCACUGGUAGGAUUAUUAACACAGGGCCAGAGUCAGCAUUAGCAAGGUGGAUGUGAUCAUAAAACAGGAUGACAUCAAACUUUUCCAAAGUUCUUAUGUGAAGUUCCUUGUGAGUGACAAAGCUCAGCAGAAGAUCUGCAGAGUGAACUUAAAUGGUCUUUUGCUGGAACCAAAGCAAGUAAUAGUCCAGGGACAGCAGAAUGUUUGAUUGGUGGCUGGUGACUAUGUUCAGCCCUAAUGGGGGGGGGGGGGGCGGGAAUUGACUCCUUUUUGGGUAAUCUUUGAGGACUUUCCAACUGGAGACAUUUAAAAACUGCAUUAUUAUCGUGUUAAGAUCAUUGUAACUGCAUGACCAUGUUAAUAUAUCAAGAGAAAUUAAGUUUUGUCAAAGAAAUCCUUGAAUUUUUCUCCUUUGAGUUCAAUUACUGUAAAACCUUUAACUUCUUGAAAUUUGGUAAGACUCCAAAUAACUUAAAACUGUUUUUAAUAGCCAUCAGAUCACUUUAUUUGGGUAAAUGGUAAAUUCCUUUUACAUCUUCAGCAUUUCUUAAAGGAAAAGCUCUUUCUGCUUGUAUGUGUGUGCAUAUGUGUAUAUGUAUUUAUAUAAGUGUAUGUAUAUAUGUAUAGAUAGAUGAAAUAUGGUCCUUACACCACUUUCUCUUAUUCUUCCCUGUAGUAUAUUGUACUCAACUCAGGUGCCAAAAGAGCUCUCUUCUUAAGACAUGUAAAUAUACAUUUAAAUUUUUUAAGAAGUAGUUUAUUGGUUCAAUAAACUAGUCAUUACAGAAGCUAAAUUGGGCUCUUCUAUAUCUAAAACUGAUGAGUUUUUUCCUAAAUUAUUAAUUGUCCAUUUAUUUGCCUUCAGUAUUAAACUAAUCCAGGUAAAGUUUAGUAAGUCAGUCAUUGGAGAAAGAGGAAAUUAUAACCUUUACCAAAAAACCAUACUAUAAUUUUUAAUCUCUAGAGGAAUUCUCUCAUACUAAAAACAAAAAAGCAAGAGAUGUUUCAAUUUUGAAUUAUAAACUAUUUUUUUAAAAAAUAAUACCGGUUUUUCUUUUACUCUGAGGAAUUUUAAAUAGUUUGUCUUCCCCUUACUUAAUAGAAUACACAGGGUUGUUAAUUUCCAUACAUUUUUCCUGUAAUUUUUAUUGUAAAAAAGCAACUAGUGAUUGCACAAACAGUAUAAAAAUUCAGCUUUUUCAUAAAGGUGAAUUCGAAUAUUGUCUCUGAUUAAAAUAUGAAAAUAAACGAAUUUUUUUGGAGAGAACUUACUAAUAGAUAACUCAGUUCUUAUUUUUUUUUCCUCCCAAGAUCGAAAACAAAUGUCUAUCAAAAGCAGAUGAAAUAUGUCAUUAAAGUGGGAAUAUAAAGAGCCCCCUCUAAGGUGAACAGAUGUCAGUAACACAUCUGAAUAUUAAUGUGAAAUUGUGAUAGGUUUUAAAACAGUUUAAUUUGCUUUUUUGAUAGGAUGCCUGGAUAGAUGAGAUUAAAAGUAGAUGAGGUGUAGAUGACAUGUGUCAUUUUAAUUUUUUCCCCUGCAGUAAAUAAAGUUAACCUAACUCUGAGCAAUAACAUUGUAAUGGCAUUUUAAAGAAGAAAGCAGUACCUGUUCUCCAGUCUGUAAUGAGAUAAGGCACCUGUGGUAGAAUAUAAAGCAAUACAUUGCUUCCUUUAUCAAGAAAGUCUUGUUAUAUAUAAAAAAAAAAUGUCAGCCCGUUAGCGACAUAAUUGAUUUUCAUUCUGGCACAAGUUCUUUCAUUUUGGAUGAGUCACAAAUUGUUCAUAGACUAUUUUGAACAGCCUUGCUCUAAGCAACAUUUUUAACUGUUGAUAUUUUAUAACUGUUUACAUUUCCUCUGGGUUUUUUUUGAAUUUUCUGUUUGAUAUCUGACUUGGAAACUCGUCCUUAUUCAUUGUUGUGCAAACAAUUGUACUUUAAUUUCAAAUUGUAUUAAAAUUAAGUUAUCUGACUUCUAAUUUGGGGAAUUAUUAUCUGUUUAUAAUUUCAUAAGGUUUAAAGAAAUUUAAAUUUGUUUAUAAAUGUCACACAGGUCACAACCGCCAUCCAUCUUAGCUAUGAAUUCAGGAAUCAUGUUGUUCGAGGUGUGUUGAGCUACACUGUUAUGGCUACACCAACUGAAAAAGCUUCUUACAUCAAGUUAUUGAUCCUUUUGGAUAAAAAUUAAAAAGCACUUUUUAACAUU